GACUCAGCUACAGCUGGCUUCUCUCUCAGCGGGGAGAGGAGGGCGUGAGGGGCAGCAGAACGUGUCUCUCUCUGCCUCUCACCCAGAGCACCUCGCAGGGGCUUAGCGGACGCGAGGGGUGCGAAUGGGCAGAGCAGAAUCUCCAGAAGGGAAAAUGAGCAUCCAGGAUCCUUCAGAUCUGUGGAGCAGGUCGGACGGAGAAGCUGAGCUGCUCCAGGACUUGGGGUGGUACCAUGGUAACCUCACCCGACAUGCAGCCGAGGCUCUUCUCCUCUCCAAUGGAUGCGACGGGAGCUACCUUCUGCGGAACAGCAAUGAAAGGACAGGGCUGUACUCUCUCUCUGUGAGAGCCAAAGACUCCGUCAAACACUUCCACGUUGAAUAUACUGGAUAUUCAUUUAAAUUUGGCUUUAAUGAAUUCUCAUCUUUGAAAGAUUUUGUCAAGCAUUUUGCAAAUCAGCCUUUGAUUGGAAGUGAGACAGGCACACUGAUUGUUCUGAAACAUCCCUAUCCAAGAAAAGUGGAAGAACCAUCCAUUUAUGAAUCCGUCCGGGUUCACACAGCAAUGCAGACGGGAAGAACAGAAAACGACCUCGUGCCCACUGCCCCUUCUCUGGGCACCAAAGAAGGUUACCUCACCAAACAGGGGGGGCUCGUCAAGACCUGGAAAACGAGGUGGUUCACUUUGCACAGAAAUGAACUGAAAUACUUCAAAGACCAGAUGUCACCAGAACCAAUUCGGAGCCUAGAUUUAACAGAAUGUUCGGCUGUACAAUUUGAUUAUUCACAGGAAAGGGUGAACUGUUUUUGCUUAGUAUUUCCAUUCAGGACAUUUUAUCUCUGUGCAAAGACAGGAGUAGAAGCUGACGAGUGGAUCAAGAUAUUACGCUGGAAGUUGUCUCAAAUAAGAAAACAGCUUGAUCAAGGGGAAGGCACAAUCCGAUCUCGGUCAUUCAUCUUUAAAUAGACAGACCUUCCUCGAUGAGGGAUGCCCUGACCCAGGAGCAGGGUGGAAUGUUCCUGAUGUUGUGAUCCACAGCAGGUUUCAGAUGAAAGCUAAGGAUUUUUCUGUAGAAACAAAUCAAAAGCAGAUGCGGAUUUGGACCUCUCAGAAGACACCACAUUUGCUGACUCACAGAAGACUGCUGCCCUUCAAGAUCCUGCCAUGUCCCUGAGAAUACCGAAGGCUCCUUGUUCUGAUGGAGACGGAUGAACCACUGCGACCAGGUGUGCUCGAUCUUAGAACACGUGAUGGGAGAUGGUUUUUGUUGUCCCUCAUUGUUGUCCCCAAGCUGGUUGACAUUAGUUACCCAAAGUCCCACUCUGCACCAGGGUCAACUCAUCUGACUUCCAAGUUGUGCUAUUAUCCAACAGCUAUAUAUGUAGCCCGAGGUUUAGACGGCUUUUCAGAAAGUGUAUUGGGAUAGCAAAUGUCCAAGACUGGGGCAGAGGAGCAGUGUUGUUUUUACUUUUUUUCCCCUUUAUACAAAAAAACAAAACAAUUUCCAAAACUAAAAUGGAAAAUGUUUGUAGUAUUUAUUUUCUCUUUGUAAAAGGCUCAGAUAUCUACCGGGUCCUUUCUUCCCCUCUAAUGAUAAACCUGUGAGAACUAAAUCUCCUAUGGGCUAUUGGGUAAGAUGAUAAGGAUAAUGGAAGGUACAAUCUUAAAAAAGCAUCUUUUAGUCAUUUUGGGGGAAAUGCUUUAAAGAGUGAGAAAACAUAAAUUGAGGAAGAGUGAUAAAGUAGUAACUUGUAGUUUAAUAAUAAUUAUCACGAUAAUUAUUAUUAUAACAAUAAUAGAGCACUUGUAAGCACUAAGUUAUCUUCAUCCAACACUUCUCAAACAGACUGAAAGAAACUUUCAAAGUAGAGUGUGUUAUAACAAUCCCUUCCCCAGAGUGAGAGGGAGGUAUUUGCCCAAGAGAAGAAAGAUGUACCCUGCACUGCACGGAGCACCCUACACCUUAUUCAAGAGGAACUUCUUUUGUCUAUUGAGGGAGUAACACUAAAUCCACAUGCAAAGGGUAAUGCUGUGUUUGUUACACAGCAUUUUCAAGCCAGAACAAGGGGAUUGAAAUAGGGGGAUGAGAUACUGGCAUCCAGAGCUCCUAAAUAGAUUUUAACCCCUUCUAUUAUCUUUAUUAAUACUGCUUUUUUAGACUGAAGUUUGAAGGGAGACAAAAGUGGAGGAAGAGCCCAAAAAUAAGGUUGUGGAGCAAAGCUAUGAUAUGACGCUGCUCUUGCAGUCCAAAGGGCUACCUUGUUGAAUACGUUUCUUCUGUUAUUUAAACAUCUAGGACUCAGAAAUUACAUUAAAUUUUUGUAUGUUUCAACAAGGUUUUUAAUGUAUUUUGUAAUGUUUGUAUCAUAUGGAAUAUAGCAAAUGUCAAGUUAAAAUGUAUUGUGUUGGGCUUCCCUGGUGGCGCAGUGGUUGAGAGUCCGCCUGCCGAUGCAGGGGACACGGGUUCGUGCCCCAGUCCGGGAAGAUCCCACAUGCCAUGGAGCGGCUGGGUCCGUGAGCCAUGGCCGCUGGGCCUGCGCGUCCGGAGCCUGUGCUCCGCAGUGGGAGAGGCCACAGCAGUGAGAGCCCCGCGUACCGCAAAAAAAAAAAAAAAAAAAAAAAGUAUUGUGUCAACUUUGCAAAGUAAGGAGUUAGACAUAAAUCUUCACUGAGACGUACAGUUUUGUUUUGUUUUCUUAGAUGCAAGGGUGUUGUGUAGGUAACAUUCUUUUCAUUUUUUGUAAAAUAUGUCAUGUUUAUUUACAUUCUUUGGUUAUGUUUAUUAAAAACAGCAUGAUUUUGCUGUGCCUGUAAUAUUUUGCUACUGAAGUGUUUUUAAUAACUGUAAUUUAAAAGAAAUAUAACCAAUUAAUAUCAUAAAUAGCAAUGAAGAGUCCACUUUGGUUAGACUAUGAGCUACAAAGGAUUGAAAGAUUCAGAGUUGAAGAAAUAGUCCCCGUCCUCAAUGAGUUUUCAGUUGAAUAUGGAAAAGAUAAGAAAUACAUCCAGGACGACGUACAGAAGUAAAUACGAUAAAUACUUCAAGUGAGGCACACAAAGCUAUAUGAUGGAGUGGGCUUCAGCUGGGAUAAAGCCAUUGUUUGGAGGGUUUUGACAUGAAAAGGGCGAUCUAACAUACACCAUGCAAUUAGUACUACCCCAGAUGCUUUACCUGCUCUCUUUACCUGUCUCAGCCCUGAAAAGUGAUCAUGAUUUCACCCCGAGGGAUCUCAGGGAAGGGCCCUAGGACGAGGGAGGAUGAUUCGUGCCAAAUCGGAGUGGGGCUGUUUGGGAGAAUAGCUGUCUGUGUCAAGCUCUGUCGCUAACAGUAUGUGCUCAUCAUAAAGUACCUCAAGACACAGCCGAAGGAUUAGCAGUUAUUCUCAGAAACCCCCCAACCCCGGGAAAAUCUUGCCCCGCAGAAGCACUGCUGCCUCUGGACCAGGAGAGCCCCGCUCAACGGUAAGAUGGCUGUUACUGCCUCGGAGGGAAACCCGUCCCUAUUCCUGGGCCACUGGACAGGAGGACACUCAGCAGGCCACAGGCCUCUCUCUCCAGCCCAGGGCACUCGGGAGACUGGGCUCUUUGGUCCUUCCCUCUCACUCACGCUCGGGGUGCAGGUCAGGGAGUUACACUGAGUCCCUGUUUCAGGCAGAGAGCAAGAGAAUUAUUACAGGAUGAAUAUAAACUCUACUUCCCUCCUCUCUACUGCUACUUCAGGUCAACUGCAGCAAACUUGUAGUUUUGCCAAAGUCUUCCCAGCCACAUUGAGCCUACACUCUGCUCACCACGAUUCAGGCUGUCUGGGCAUGACGUCGAGCAGAGCUUCUUAAAUUAUCUAUGGAAAAGGGCCAGAUUAAUUUUCUUUUAAAAUUUAUUUUCUAUCACAGACUGGGAAUUUGUAAAAUCCAAUACGUUAUUAGAACACUGAAGUAAAAAUACAACUAUCACAAUCCCAGUUUUUAAAUCAAAUUCAAUAGACAUAGUAUGUCUGCUGUUUUUUAAACCCUUAACCCUCAACUUCUGUAACUUAUUUUGUACCAACAAACAGAACAGUCCAGUCUGUGGACAUUUCAAGUAGGUCUGGCUAGUGGACAGCCACGUAAAAUAAAGCAAGAGCCUUCUUGAGAAAGAAUUCAUCUUGAUGCUGCUAUGAAGGUAUUUCAUAGAUGUGCUUAAUAACAUCUACAUUCCCCUGAAUUUAUAUAAAAGAGGUUAUGCUCCAUAACAUGGGUGGGGCUCAUUCAAGCAGUUGAAAGGCCUCAAGAGCAAAACUGGGGUUUCCAUGGGGAAGAAAUUCUCCCUGUAGACUGCAGCCUCAGCUCCUGCCCGAGAUUUUCCAGGCUUCUGGCCUGCCCUGCAGAUUUUGGGGCUUGCCAAUUUCCAAAAUCAGGUAACCAGUCCCUUGAAUUAAGUCUAAUUCAUGUAUAUAUCCUACUGGUUGUUUUUUGGUGAACCCCAAGUGAUACAACUUUCUUUCCCAAAUACCUCAUCACCAUUUUAUUAUAAAUUUUGUUGUUUGCUGAAAUAUUUUAUUUAGUUAAUUUUAUCACUUUUGGAUAGUUAACAAUUCAAUAAGUAAAGUUUACAGUGAAAAGAGUCGCUCCUGGGAACCCUGUCCCCCAAUUACCUAGUUCCACUCCACCCACGUUACCACAUUCUGUGCAUCUUCAGAGAUACCUAUCAUAUACAAGCAAAUAUGAAUAUACAUCUAUAUUUUUUCUUCCUAUACAUAAGUUGUAACAUAGCACACAGUUUCACACCAUGCUUUUUCUUCUGAACAUUAUGUUUGGGAGAUCAUUCCAUCUCAGUACCCAAAGUCUUCUUCGUUCUUUUUUCCAUUGGGCAAAUGUAGAAAUUUCUUUAACCAACCCUCUAUGAUUAGGGUGAACAUAUAAUCUAUCUAAAGUGGGACCCUUCAGAGUUGAAAGGAGCACUAAUAAUUACACCGAGAACAGCAGGUAUAAAAUGGCAUUGUUACAAAAAAAAAAACAGGUCACCUCAUCUAUGAUGGAUACUUGUUUCCAAUCCUUUAAUGUUAUUAAAUUGCAAUGACUAUAAGUAUAUACUUUUCACACAUCCAUAUGCAUCGGUAACAUGAAUAUCUAGAAGUGGAAUUGUGGGCUUUUGUGUCAAUUUGACUCAACAUGGGGUGCCCAAAUUAAAUAUUUUGUCUCUGUGGGUUCUCUUUCUCUGGAGAAUCCUAAUACAUUGGGUAAAAGGUUAUGUGCACUUGAGUUUGGUAGAGAUUGCCAAGUUGUCCUAUUUAGAAGGAUAUAACAAUUCACACUUCCAUCAGUAGGGCAUAAAGAAUGUCUGUGCUAAUUUUUUUUUUUUUUUUGCAGUACGCGGGCUUCUCACUGUUGUGGCCUCUCCCGUUGUGGAGCACAGGCU